CUCCGUGAGGCGGUGGCACGGGGGGUUCCUUGGUGUCCCAGGAGGUCCCAUUGGGCUCUUCCAAACUGGGGCCAAUCUGCCCCCUUCGUCCCGUUGGCGGCGCCAGGAGCCCCUCGCCGCCCGGAAUGGAGUUGUGCGACUGCCCUUGCAGUGCCCUUCCCUUCCGAGGAGACCCCCACCACCGUCUCUCCUCUGCCCCUCAUUAAUCAAGGGUAGCCAAGGGCGUGUUUUUCCGCCUUUGCUCAGGUGGUUUGGGUUGGGAAAAUAUCAUCUUUGGGUUAAAAAUCAUCUCGCUCCAACGCCCCUGCCACGGGUAUGGACACCUUCCGCAAGACCAGGGUGCUCAUAAGCCCCAUCCAGCCUGGCCUUGAACACUUGCAGGAAUGGGACAUCCACAGCCUCUCUAGGCAACCUCACCACCACCAGAAUAAAGAAUUUCUUGCAUAUGCUAAGUAGCUUAAAUUUCCCCUCUUUCACUUUGAACCCAAGGCAUUUGUCCUAUGAGUGCAAAAGUGAGACCUGAGUGCUGGGCCUGCUGGGGUGGGUGGCUAAGAUGACUGCACUACAGUGGUGCUUGGGCUGGCCUGUCAUCUAGAAGAUUUUUUCCUAGGAUUGUCUUUUUAGCCAGUGGUCUGAAGACUGUUGCUAUUUGGUCUGCAGGUAGCUAAAGCAUUAGCCAAAGGCAAGUGAAAAACCCUAAGCCCAUUAUCAGGAGAUUUAGAUUUGCUGUAUGAAGAUGUGAAUCUCCUAAGGUUAAUUUUAGGAUGCACAAAAUUAACAAGAUCGAAAAUCAUUGUGCACAAGCUGGGAAUGUUAUGCGACAGUGGAGGAAGUAUUUGACACUAAGCAACAUGCCUUCCACCAAACCUCCAAAUGAAAAUGAAACACCCAAAGAGAGAAAACCAGGACUGAGGAGUGUUCAGACAACUAUGCUUUUCCGAGCUGUGAACCCAGAGCUCUUCAUUAAACCUAACAAACCUGUGAUGGCGUUUGGACUGAUAGCAAUUAGCCUCUGUGUGGCCUACCUUGGUUAUUUGCAUGCAACAGCAGAGAAUAAAAAGGACCUCUAUGAAGCAAUCGACAGUGAGGGGUCCAGAUACAUGAGGAGGAAAACUUCCAAGUGGGACUGAGAAUGUAAGAGAGGAAAUCAGUAAAUCACUCACAGAACUUUUCCAGGCAACUACUGUUUUUUUUCUCUUUCCCUUGAAAUAAUGAAUAAAUGUCUCACUUGCUAUUUAAUUCAGUUCAAAUUCUUUUAUAAAAUGCUAUGCCUGUACAAAUAAACUGCAGUUAAGAUACAUCUGAAAAUAAAAGUGAUUGUAAGAGUUGCCCUC